GACAGUGACAUUAACUGAAUCUCAGGUUUUGUUUCUCACUUUGCUUCGGACUCUAACAGCUUCCAGGACCAGGAAGAUGUCUGUGACCAUGAGCAGGACCGACGGGGUCACCGUGUUCACGCUGACCUCUGACCCUGACAGUCGCUGGCCUCCACUGUGCCAGAUCCUGAAGACUCUUUGCUACAGCCCGGUGUGCUGCUCCGUGUCCCGGCCGCUGGGGGCGGUCCUGAAGACGUCUCUGUCCGUCCUCGCGGCCGUCCACAUGAUGAUCGGGCUGCUUAACAUUGGCCUUGGCGCCAUCAUCCACCUGUCUUACAUUUCUCCUUACUUUUACUGGAACAGCUACUUUCCCUACUGGAUGGGAUCUCUGUUCAUUGUGUUUGGUAUCAUGUGCAUUUUAACUGAGAAGUAUCCAAGUCCAUGUCUGGUCGUCCUCAAUGUGACUGUCAACCUGGUUGGUGGUGCUCUUGCCAUGGCUGCCAUUGUGCUCUACAGUAUAUUUGAGGGUGAUAUAUAUGUAUGGUUUUCCUGUGAAGACGGGCCCAACUACGACUACUACUCUUACCCCAGGCCAAGUCCACCCUCCGCUUACGUUAAGGAGAAAUGCUUGGAGAGCAAAGCAAUGAUCCAGAUGCUUCUGCGGAGCAUUACUGGGGUCCUGAUUGUCCUGUCGGUGGUGGAGCUCUGCGUCGCCAUCAGCUCCGCCGUGCUGGGCAUCAUAGCUCUGAGCAACAAACAAAAACAGACCUCUGAGGAGCCGGAGCAUUUCAAGCCUCUGCUGGAGGAAAUCACCACCAACCCUGCAGUCUAAACGUCUUUCACUUCCUGUAAAGAUUAAUCCUGCAUUUCAUCCCACUCACAGGGUUAAUAUCUACAUGAAUCACUUAUAAGCAGUUUGUGGGAUUUUUUAAAAUGCAAUUUAUGCUUUUUCUAUUGUCUCCUGCACUUUUGUAUUAAAUACCAAAUCAUUUUACUUUGAUUUUCUUGAUCAUUACAUUUUUUUUGUUCCUUUUGUAUUCUGAUAUCAGCAAAUAUUCAAUCAUGUACUGCAUGAGAUUUUUUUUUUGUUGUAAUUACAAAUUUUCACCACUGCAUCAUAAAAAUAAAUGCAUGGAAAUGA